UGCGGACGUCGUUACGCAUAUGAGCGUUUGGAGAGGUGGAGAGCUACCGUCAGCUGCAGCUUCCUCUGCUGAGUCAAAUCUGACUCUUCCUCGGAAUUCCCGUCACUUACCCCUUCCUUUUCUGUUUGUUCAACGUUUCUAUUAUACAGAAGGCUAUUUUUAGUCCUAGUUUGCUUUUGUUUAUUUCACUUUUUCCUCAAGUUGUGGUCUGACAACGCAAGCGGAGAAACUCCCCCCUGAAACCCUGACUGCCGGGUGUGCGUGCCAUACAUCAGCCGAGAAGAAGCACCUCCUCCGGCUUCAGUCCUGCUGUGAUGGACCGAUACUGUCGAUCAGCAUGACACACUUUUCAGGAUUUGUGAGUUGAUUGCGCUCUCCGGUUGUACGUUUCCAUUUUCGUCUUGGAGGAAGGUGCGAGAUUGCUGCAGUUUGUUGCUGAGAUGUUCUCCUGAGUGACAGUUGAAUUCUUGACACUAGCUUUCUUGACUUUAACCUGAUUUCACACAAUGGCUUCCAAUAUAAUUGUGGAACAGCAGUUUUCUCACAAAUUUACAGUGACGGUGGUUCGAGCUGAGAGUGUCACCAAAGGAGCGCUGGGUGACCUGCUGGACACUCCAGAUCCAUAUGUGGAGCUGUAUGUCCCCACAGCACCAGAGAGCAGAAAAAGGACCAAACACAUUGACAACAACAUCAACCCAAAAUGGAACGAGACCUUUCAGUUCAUAUUAGACCCAAACCAGCAUAACGUCCUUGAGCUAACAUUGAUGGACGCCAAUUAUGUGAUGGAUGAGACACUUGGGACAGCAUCCUAUGAUAUCACGAAGCAUGGAAUAAGCUGUAAGAAGACGGAGGCUUUCCUGAUUGGCAAAGCAACCAAAGUAUACUUAGAGAUGUCGCUGGAGAUCUGCACCAAACUGGACCUGCGGUUCAGUCGGGCCCUGUGUGACGAAGAGAAGCAGUUCAGACAGACCCGCAGAGAAAGAGUGAUGCUGGGCAUCAAGAAGCUGCUAGACAUGGAGAAGCCUCGUUUCCUCCCCAGCUCUCCAGAAGAGGUGCCAGUGAUCGCUAUUGCAGGUUCAGGGGGCGGUUUUCGUGCCAUGGUGGGGUUCUCAGGUGUGAUGAAAGCCUUGUUCGAGUCUGGGGUCCUGGAUUGCGCCACAUAUGUUGCUGGGCUUUCGGGAUCUACAUGGUACAUGUCCACUCUGUACUCGCACCCAGACUUUCCAAAUAAGGGCCCAGGGGACAUCAACCCAGAGCUGAUGAACAGAGUGAGCAGUAACCCUUUGAGGCUGUUGCUGCCACAACAUAUCACCAACUACAUCCAGGCCCUCUGGACCAAAAAGGCCACAGGGCAGCCAGUAACCUUCACAGAUAUCUUUGGUAUGCUCAUAGGAGAGACGCUUAUACCUGCGAGAAUGGACAUUAAGCUAAGCAGCAUCCAGGAGAAAAUAGACCAAGCCCAGAGUCCUCUUCCUCUCUUCACAUGUCUGCAUGUCAAGCCAGAUGUGUCUGAGCUCAUGUUUGCAGACUGGGUGGAGUUCAGCCCGUAUGAAAUUGGAAUGGCAAAGUACGGCACCUUCAUGACGCCUGACUUGUUUGGGAGCAAGUUCUUCAUGGGAACUGUUGUCAAGAAGUAUGAGGAAAACCCUCUUCAUUUUCUCAUGGGUGUGUGGGGCAGCGCCUUCUCCAUCCUAUUCAACAGAGUCCUGGGAGUCAAAGACACAGUGGGUGGCAGCACCAUGGAGGAAGAGUUAGAGCAGAUUAAACCGCAGCACAUCGUGGGAGAAGACAGUCUGGACAAUGACGAAGAGCCACGUAAAGCGGGGUCAGAGAACCAGGAGGCGGAGGACGAGUACCAUCGCACGGCUCAGGCAAGCUGGGUUCAACGAAUGUUCACGUCCCUCUUCAGCGACUCUGCUUUAUUCAACACAAGAGAGGGCCGAGCAGGGAAGGUGCAUAAUUUCAUGUUGGGCUUGAACCUGAACACCAACGUACCGUUCUCUCCAUGCAGUGAUGUUGCAUGCCACGCCCCUACACCUGAGGAGGAGGUGGAUGCUGUCACAGACCCGGAUGAGUUUGAUCGUAUUUAUGAGCCUCUGGAUGUGAAGAGUAAGAAGAUCCAUGUAGUGGACAGCGGCCUAACCUACAACCUCCCCUACCCUCUCCUCCUGCGGACGCAGCGCACUGUCGACCUCAUCAUCUCCUUUGACUUUUCUGCACGACCAAGCGACUCCAGCCCGCCUUUCAAGGAGCUCCUUUUGGCUGAAAAGUGGGCACGAAUGAACAAGCUUCCAUUCCCCAAGAUCGACCCUAAAGUCUUUGACCGUGAGGGCCUGAAGGAAUGCUAUGUCUUCAAGCCAAAGAUAGGCGAAAGGAACUGCCCGACUGUCAUCCACUUUGUCCUGGUCAACAUCAACUUCAGGAAAUUCAAGGCACCCGGUGUUCCCAGAGAGACCGAGAAGGAGAAGGAGUUGGCUGAUUUUGACAUCUUUGAUGAUCCAGAGAGCCCGUUCUCCACUUUUAACUUCCAGUAUCCAAACGAGGCCUAUGUCAGACUCCAUGACCUAAUGGAGUUCAACACUCUCAACAACCUGGAGGUGAUCAAAGAAGCUAUCAAGGACUGCAUCGUGGCCCGGAAAGAGAACCCCUUGUGCCGCCCCGCUCCCUUCUCCCUCAGUGAGAUCCCAAAAAAGAAGUUCCUUAAAAGAGAGUCUCUAGUAAAACCCUGGAGCCGCCUGGAAAACGACAAACAGUAGCUCGGUCCAGGACUUUGGAUAAAGAGGACUUUCGGGUUUUUGUAGAAUCUGGCUUCAAGUGAAGCGUCUUCAUUUUGGAAAAUGCAAUCAAGUUGAUCCUUUUCUGUCUACUUUAAAUCAUAACUUUGAGCCUAAGCUCUUCCUGGUUAACUCCACAUGAUUGCAUUCAUAAACAACUCUCCUCUGCCUGCUGUGAUGAUGAAAAAGACCACUUUCUAAAAAUCGCAGUGUGACUCUAUCAUAAACUUUUUUAUGAGAAUUUCAUGAAUACUUUACUCUUUUAUUUGUUUGACAGUGAAUCCCAAACAAAGAUAUCUUUUCUAUCCCUCUACUUUUGUGUUAUAAUGUGAUUUUUAUCAGUUGCAACAUUCAGAUCCUGCUGGAUGCACUUCGUCUAUAACUCUUCAUGCAGGCUUGCUGUUUCUAAAUUUGACCUGCAGCUGUUUGAAGCCUCACCUGUAUCCUCCUUGUUUGUUAGCUGAACUCUUUCCAUAUUUAGAGUGCUUCCCCAUAGCAUGCAAAUCAGUGUGUUUGUGUUUUUUCUCCACCGGAUGGCUCGUCUAAACAUGUAAUCCUGUUUAAAAACAUGGACGAGGAGCUGGUUACCGUCGGUUUUGUUUGAUGGCAACUCCUAAACACCCUGAGUGCACCCCUUCUGGAUACCUCAAACAUCUCAAUGUUGCUCACCCACCUACAGUCAGGGAGUGCCCCCUGCUCUCCUGCAGGGCGUGUCUCAUAUUUAAGCCUCCAUUUUGGAAAAACAAAACUUGACACCAUAGAAACGGCCUCGCUUCUUUGCUGCAUUGGGAUAAAGGUGUGUUUAUUUUCCUGACCAUGUUGUUUCAGGCUGCCUUUAGAUACCGGCACGGUUUGUUUUUCACAGGCCAUUUCCUCCCUUAACAAACCCCUGGACUCCUUGAACGCCCCGCACUGUGCAGCAGCGCCUCAGUCAGGGUGAAGAAUGAUGGGUGGAGUGGUGGGUGCCAUCAUGAGACCUGCUCGCAGCUGGAAACUGCAUCUCUCUGUGGCACUCAGUGGAAUUAUACACACUACACCUACACCUGCUGCAGUGGAGGCCUGGAAUCUGACACACUACACCUAUACCUGCAGGGGCCCGAGGCUGCACACGGAGCAGUGGAAUUUUACACUGGAGCAUUUACAUCAACCCCUAUAUGCUCAAGUUUCACCUAUGGAUGACACAGAGGAGAAAAUGUGACCUGUAGGCUUGCUGCAGGGAUUCAUGAUCCACCUUUAUUUUUUUUAUCAUAGUAUGUGUCAGCUUUUGUAUGUUUUUGUUUGAGGAAUAUCUUGAUUUUCUUGCAAUGACUCACUACCACUCUCAUAUCUCUCUGUGCAAAAAGAAAUUCACCUUGACACAACGUCUUGUUCAGGACUACAGUGGAGUGUGUUUAUGCAGGAUUUCUUCUACCAGUCUUUUUUUUAAAAAGAAGAGUUGCAUUCCUGUAUUGUAGGAUGCAAUGACCUCCUCUAUAGUGUUUCAAACUGUGUUAAAGCUCCUGUAAGGAAUUUUUAGCUGGUUGUGAAACAGGCUGAAGUUAACACUGGAGCGUCACUAUGAGCUACAAAGGAAAACAAGACCAUCAUCAACAAAACUGAGGACUUUUGUGUAGCAUUCUUUAAUGCUUGUGACAAAUGCUGCAGGGUAGGUGUCAGGUGAAGUGAGUCACAGCGUAUGGCCUCUACACAUUCCACAGCAAAGAUUAACUCGUAAUAUGAUAUGUUUGUUAAAAAGCAGCAGGAUAAGAUUCAGUAAUGAGACACAGCUUUGUCCACAGAGGGCGCCAAAUUCAACACAAUCCAAACACUCUUAUCAGGAGCUUAAAAAAGAUUACCUCAACUGGUUUUGAAACCUGGGAAGAGUCUGCGUAAAUAAUUUUGGAAUAGACAUUGCAUUAUAUUUAAUUAACUACUCUCUAAAGCUACUAUGUGAACUAUACAGAUAAUGAUGACUGUUUCCCAGAGUUAGCCACUUGGACAGGAGUUGUGAAACAGUUGCAGUUUGGUUAUUUUGAGUCACCAAAAGUACCUGGUUAGCAUUAGAAAAGGCUAUGGUUUAGGCUCAGAUAGUCUAUCAUUGUGGACUUUUGGCUUCACGUGGAAGUGAAUAAGAAAGAACUCGAGGGCAUGUGGGAGAGUUUUACAAAUCUCGACAUGACCAGGCUCAGUCUGUAAGCUAAGUUAACAACCAACUUGCGACUUUGGUUUUUCAUGUAGUAUAAAAAUAAGUUUGGAAUAAAUAUUGAAUUAUUUUUAAUUAACUACUUGCUAAGGCUAUUUUUAUCUGAACCUUAGAUGAAGAUGACUGUUUCCCUUAGACAUGAGUAGUGAAACAGUUGCAGUUUGGUUAUGUUGAGUCACCAAAAGUACCUGGUUAGACUUAGAAAAAACUAUGGUCUAGGCUAAUCCUAGUAUGGGAUAAUCUAUCAUUGUGGACUUUUGGUUUCACAUGGAAGUGAAUAAGAAAGAACUUGAGGUGCAUGUGAGAGAGUUUUACAAAUCUCGACAUGACCAGGCUCAGUCUGUAAGCUAAGCUAAGCUAACCAGCUAGCGACUUUGCUCUUUUAUGUAGUUGCAAAAAUAAGUUUGGAAUAAACAUUGCAUUAUUUUUAAUUAACUACUUGCUAAAGCUACUUUUAUGUGAACCAUAGAUGAUGAUGACUGUUUCCCAGGGUUAGCCACUUGGACAGGAGUUGUGAAACAGUUGCAGUUUGGUUAUGUUGAGUCACCUGAAGUACUCGGUUAGAUCAUGGUCUAGGCUUGGAUAAUGUAUCGUUGUGGACUUUUCGUUUCACGUGGAAGUGAGUAAGAAAGAACUUGAGCUGCAUGUGGGAGAGUUUUACAAAUCUCGACAUGACCAGGCUCAGUCUGUAAGCUAAGCUAAGCUAAACUAACCAGCUAGCAACUUUGGUCUUUUUUGUAAUUAGACAUACGAGAGUGGUGUAAGUCUUGACCCAUGCAUGUUACUGUAUUGUUGAAAUCCUUUUCUAUACUGACUAAUAGUCAAAGCGAUAACGCAUCAAGCAUUGAUCCUUUCAUGAAUCCUUUUGUGACAUCUUGUCAAACUCUCAUGUUACUUCUCUAUUUUUCCUCCUAUAGGAUAGAGACACUUUAUUGAGAGACCUGUAGUCAUUUUUAAUGUUCUAUAUUUUUUGCUCUUUGCCUUUUUUAUGAUUCCUGACAAUGUUUACAAAUGUCUCAGAUUCUAAAUGGUCAGUUUUGAGGAACUAAGAAAUGUACAUAAAAACCCCUGUGGUCAUCAUUUUAUAACUGGCAAAACAUGACAUGUUUAUGUGCAUCGUAAAAAGGCUGAUAAUAAAACAAAGAAUGUA